AUGUGUCAAUCGUACCUCGUACCUCGACGUACUGUAGUACGGAGUACAGAGAGAGCAGUCAUUCAUGCUGCAUUUGGCUUGGUUGAAACCUCGAACCUUGGUCAACUCGCGAGACUGCUGGCAGCUACUCCUCUUCUUCCUAUUCCUAUGUCGUUCAAUGCUCAAUCCGUUGUUGUUGAAGUUUGA